AUGACGACGGCGGCGUCGUCCUCGCCGCGCGCGAUCGUCGCCGCGGCGGCGAGGUCGACUACCGCGACGUCGCGCGACGUCGCCUCGCGCCGCGCGCGUCCGCGCGCCGCGCCCCGUCUCUCGCGAUCGAGCGAUGCCGGCGCGGUCGCCGCGCGCGCGUCGUCCCCGUCCUCGUCCUCGUCCUCGUCCUCGCUGACGAGCUGGCCCGGCGGCGGCAGCGGCGUCGUGACGAACCCCCCGGACCACGCGGUCGUCCUCGCGUCGCUGCGCGCGCGAUGGGACGCGUCGCCGUGGGACCUCGCGACGCGAUGGGUCGUGACGAACGACCUGUGGGAUCACGAGCGCGCGCGAUGCGGGCUCUCGACCGAGUGGCGACUGGGGUGGACGAACACCAAGUCGUACGUCGGGAUCACGUACAUGUGGGGGGCUGGCGACGACGAGCCUUCGCUGGGGGAGAUUUUCCUGUCCAAGUACCUGAUGUUAGACCCGAGCUUCGACAACGCGCUGGGGUGUCUGCGGCACGAGAUCGCGCACGCCAUCGUCGGACCGUCGGACCCGGGGCACGGCGCGGCGUGGCGGAACGUCUGCGAGGCGGUGGAGUGCGACGAGGCGUGGGCGACGGACACGACCAAGGCGUUCUACGACCGCCCGCUCGUGGUGCUCGGGUGGAGCGCGCACGACGCGAAGGAGAUCGCGGCGGGGACGUACGUUGUGCGCGGCUUGGAGGGGAAGUCGACGCUGCCGCCGGAAAAGUUUGAGAGAAACGUGUGGGACAAAGUCACGGGCGAGCGGACGACGUACGUCGCGGAGGACGGCGUCCGCGUCAUGUGA